AAAGGUCGGAGCAGAAUGCCAUACAGGUUCGCAUGCUGGGUAAGAGCGCUAACUGACCCCGACACCUCUGCGCGAAAGGUUGUAAGUGCAUGUAGUCGGCUGCAGUUUGGGCGGCGCGGAAUGUUUUCCAAAUAUUUUGGUGGCGGUGCUUCGGGCUUUCACUAACCCUCGAGACGUGCUACCGUCUUCAUCCGGUAAAAUGUCUUCCAGCAGCGGUGCUCGAUACAGUCUUCGCUCUGGAGAAGUCCAACAUGUGGUUAUAUGAAAGCCAGACACAUUUUUUUUUUUAAAGUAGUGUCUACCGAGGAUCAUAACAUCAGCCUCAGACCUUGACGAUUCAGUCCUUGAAAUGUAGCCAUAACUUUUUCUCAUGCCUCAGUCAUUUAAGAGUUCUCGAAACGAGCGCAGAGGGCUGUUAUUUAGAUCGCAACAUGGAUUCUCGGUUAGAAAUUUAAUUAAAAAAAAAAGAAACUACACUUGCACGUAUGCAAACACAAACAGGAAGGAAUGCAGCUGCCAACAACAACAAAAAAAAAAAAAAAACGCAGGCGCCACUGUUGUCUUUCGAUAGGCCGUUUCAUUUAAUGGCUGACCCACUUCUCCACCUCCUGACCUGGCAGAAAAUAUCAGCAGCUGAAUCAAAAGUGGGAGUCUGCCAUACAGACACAACACAGAGACAGAGUAUUGUACUGCACGCUGGGUUAUUCUGUGCGUGUGUGUGUGUGUGUGUGAGGGAGAAGGAGGGAGGCAUCAUUCAUCAGCCGUCCUCUAGCUACAGAGUUUCCUCAUCAAGACUUCCACCGGCCUUGUCUUCUCACCACUUGUUUUUAUCUCUCCGUCUCUGCCGCUAUCUCUGUUUCUCACUUUCUCACAUGUUCCCAUGCAGUUGUCACGAAUCUUGAGCUCCUCUAGUUCGCUGCAUUUAUUCCUUUGGCAGAUUAAAGUCGUACGUGGCUGAGUCCUUGUAGCUAUCCUUCGAUAAUCAUCGUUUAAAGACACGAUAAAAGCAGUUUGACACGUGUUACAAGGGCAGUGCUGAUUACAAGUACUUCAGAUUUGGUGUUCUGACGACACCAAGUGUCAGUUCGAAAACUAGGGGGUGCCGAUACCAGCAUCAGUAUCAGGUUUCGAUACUCUGCUCACAUGCUAAUGUCACUUUACACCAAAGCUAACAUUAACCUCUUGGUAGUAGGCGCAGGUUAACUGGCUGUUAACAAGGGUCUUUUGGCUUAGAGGAGUGUUACAGAUGUGGUCGCCGUCUGACGUAAAAUAGUUUUAACUUUUUAAACAUUCACAACACUUGGAAUUCAUUUGGUUGCAGCAAGACCUGUCGGCUCACUGGGGACGGCGCAUUCGACUUGUUACUAGCAUCUUCCUGACCUUUCAGACGAUCUCACCGCUCACCAGUGGAAACCCGCAAAAGGGUUGGUCUAUUCACUGGUUACACGCAGACACACGAGCUCCUUUGAUGCUGUGGCAUCAGCCGUGCCUCCCGCUGUGCUUCAGAGACUUCCCACCAAAGGAGCUUUAGCACGGCAUCAAAACGAUGAAAGCAGCUUUAACUGCACCAGUCAAAAGGUGCUUCGUUUGCCACUAUUAUACUGUAAAUAUAUUGUCAUGUCAUCGCCAGAGCUUUUGUGUUCUUUUUAAACACUCCUAGCACCACUGGGCGCUGGCAAGUAUCCACACGUACCCGUAUUUGCUCUAACAAAAGGUGGAGCGGUAUCGCCCGACGCCAGUUGGGAGAAAAAGGUUGAGCUAAAAACUAAGCAGUGCUGCGUGUCAUGUCUGAGAAUAAUUAAAUAAUCUUGUUCAUCAGGUCAGCUCAGAGUUAGAGGUCUAUUUUUGUUUUAGUACACAGAGAUUCCAGCUCAUAGUUGGAGUUGUGUGCUGACACAGUUAUAAUGCGCCUCCCAUCCAAAGUGUUGUCUGGAUUUGAAAGUUGUUCAGUACGUGUUUGUAUUGAACACAGUGUCCAUGGUUCAUUUUUUAUGACUUCACUUCCACCCAGCUCGAGCAUACAAUAUUUAACACUCGAUACCAACCGCUGAUUUACAGCUAUACGUGCGCCUGCGCCUCAUAGUUUCUCACAGUCGGUAUCUAUUAUCUUAACGCUCUUUGUCUCAUUUCUUCCAAUCUGCUUGUGUCUGAUACGUGACGUUCAAGGCUGUCUGCCUGACUGUGUGUGUGUGUGUGUGUGUGUGUAUGUGUCUGCGUGUGUGUGUACUUCUGUCUGCAUGUGAUUGUUUUUCAAGGGAACAUUUCCCCGGAAAAAUGUAACAUUUAUAGCACCGCAUCCUCCUUUUUUUAUGCAGGGUUAUGCAGGUCCUGCUUGCUUGCUCACACUCAUUCACUCGUAUUCACAGUGAUUUACAUGUGGUCACGAGUGGCCAAAGGGAAACGUUUGCAUGCCGUUUGAAUGUUUCAUAAACAAGUCAUAAACAGAUUAUCAAUUCAUGUCAUUAUCUGAUCAUGAAGCCACUUUCCCUUAAUUACAAUAAUACACCAAAGUUGGAAACCAGUGCUCCCCCAAGGUUAACAUCAAGAGAUCAGAUCAAAACCUGCCGACAACCUGACUUCUGGCCUCGCUUUGUCAGAACAUUCUUCAGGUUUGUGUCUGCGUGAGUCUGCCUGCAGUCAUUAUUUUGCUAUAGGGGAAAAACCUUUGUUUGUUUAAAUAUUCCUUGAGUCACAGUUACUUUAGGCAGCAGUAAGUCAAGGGUGCAGGCUGUUCAUCUUACUGAGUCUCUGUUUAUAGAAUCCACACGCUUAGAUCUGAUGACUUUUUUUGUAUUUUUAGGAGAACGCUUUUAGAAAUAAUCAUCCAGGAGCAGGAUUUAUGCCGUCGGGCUGUAUCUGGCUGAGACCAGAUCUGACCAAUCGGAUCAAACCGCAUCUGAAAAACAGAGCAGCAGAUAGUUUCAUGGAUCGGUUUUUCUGCUUAAUCGGAGCUAACCCACUUUUAUGUGGUCGCUAAUAUCCGAAUUUAGCCACGGGUAUCACCCUUUCACCCCUUAUUAUUAUAUUAAGUUAUUCAGUUAUGAUUCUGACUGCAUCGUUUCUAAUUAUCAAUCAUGGGUUCGGUGUUUCCUGACAUCGCGUCUCUCUGCUUCUAUCAGAAAUCCAAGUUGCGUUUAAGCCCACGGCUGGUUAGUCACCUGCGCAGGAGAGUUCAGAGCAAAUACGUCAAAACAGACCUGCUCAAGUUGUUUCUGUGCCGGCGGAGCUCUAACGAAGGGUGACUCACAGCGCGCACCUCAUUUUACCUUCAGGCGGAACAAGUUUAUUAUUAUUCUCUCCUAUAAACCUUCCACGUCCAUCUUUCAUCACACGUAACAAUUUCUGCCACUAAGACCAAAGAAUUAAACGAAAAAUAAUAAUAAUAAAAAAAAAUAGCUAUAGACACUGCUGCGUGCCUUUUAGUAUAGAAAUUCCUGUGGUGAAAUCCUACAUCCGCCGGCGUUCACCUCAUUCAACCCUGUCCCCACUAAGCCCACUGCGUGAAAGGAGCUGUCAACCACAGCUCUACGGUGUUUUGCUCUAAACUUGUUGGGCUGUUGUCGGGGUAGCAGCAUACAGCCGGAGAGAGAGAGAGAGUGUAAGUGAGCUGAGAGUGUGGGGAGAGGAGGGGCUUUGAGACGCCACAACAACACUGGCGCGAGUGAGGCUGUGGAGGGGAGAGAGAAUGCGGCAGAAGGAGGGAGCAGACUGCCAGUGGUCGACUCUGGGAGAGAGGGAUACGCACGCAUCGCCUUUGUCUUUUUUCUGGCUUUUUCUUCCACUCUUUGUCUCAUGGUUCUCGUCUCUCUGCGCCUCCUUGCUCUCGGACUCCCUCUGUCCUCCCCGCUGCUGAUUCUGUCUCUCCUGGCAGUCUCCAUCUCUGCGUCCUACAUCCAGACUUCCUUCCACCUCAGCCCGUCUUCAUUUUCCCCACCUAUGGCCACCUGACAGUGAGCUUUUCUUUCCUUUUCCCCCCUCUCUCUUUUUAUCUUCACCAUCCCCCUCUCUGUCCCGUUAGUCCGGUUCAGCUGCUUCUUUUCUUUGAGCCGGUCUGUCAGGUCACCCAUCUCUUACGAUGCCCGUACUGGAGGGGCUCUGGGGUCCAGAUCUCAGGAUGCGGGACCCCGGUCUGGGGGUCUGUCCCGACGAGCCUCCCGGAUCUCCGGUGUGGGGUCCUCUCAGGACUCCCCCCGUCACUUGCGGUGGGCUCUCGCUGGCCCUGGAGCUUCCCGCUCUCAUACGACAGCUCAGAGCUGCGUGGAGAGCGCGCAGGGGAGGUCCCCGGGGACCGGAGAGAAGUCAAGCAAACACAUGGGUGGAGGCAGAGAAGGUGGAGGAGGUGAAGCAGGACACGGAGAGCACGAGUACGCAUCUGGAAGCUGAUGGCAGACUGAACACUGGUCAUGCUGGUGUGCUGCUGGCGGAGAGACGAGGCUCCUACCCGCUGAUCGACCUGCGCAUCUUUAAAACCAGUGCCCAGCAGGGGGAGGUAGAGUCCGGCACCAGGAGAAAGGUGAAGCGUCUGCUGAGCUUCCAGAGGUACUGCCACGCAUCCAGGUUACUCAGAGGUUUGGUUCCCCACACCCCUGGGUCCCUACACUUACUGGACGAUGACUACCUGGGACAGGCCGCGCACAUGCUAUCAAAAGUAGGCACAUGGAAUUUUGACAUUUUCCUCUUUGAUCGUCUUACAAAUGGUAACAGUCUGGUGACCCUGAUGUGCCAUCUCUUCAAUGUCUACGGUCUCAUUCACCACUUCCAGCUGGACAUGGUGAAACUACACAGGUUUCUGGGUAUGGUGCAGCAGGACUACCACUCCCAGAAUCCCUAUCACAAUGCUGUUCAUGCUGCUGAUGUCACUCAAGCCAUGUACUGCUACCUGAAGGAGCCCAAGCUGGCGGAGCAGCUGAGUCCCCUGGACGUGUUCCUGGGUCUGAUGGCGGCCGCCGCCCACGACGUGGACCAUCCCGGAGUCAACCAGCCCUUCCUCAUCAAGACCAGGCACCACCUGGCGUCUCUCUACCAGAACACGUCCGUGCUGGAGAGCCACCACUGGAGAUCCACCGUGGGCAUGCUGCGGGAGUCGGGGCUGCUGUCCCACCUGCCUGCUGACAUGUCGCAGGACAUAGAGCAGCAGCUGGGCUCUCUCAUCCUGGCCACAGACAUCAGCAGGCAGAACGAGUUCCUGUCGACCUUCAGAGAGCAUCUGGACAACCAGGACCUGGACCUCCAGCUGGCUUCGCACAGGCACUUUAUCCUGCAGAUCGCUCUCAAGUGCGCAGACGUCUGUAACCCGUGUCGGGCGUGGGAGCUGAGCAGACAGUGGAGCGAGAGGGUGUGUGAGGAAUUCUACAGGCAGGGUGACUUGGAGAGGAAGUUUGACUUGGAAAUCAGUCCUCUGUGCAACCAGCAGGCUGAUUCUGUGCCAGCCAUCCAGACAGGUUUCAUCUCCUACAUUGUGGAGCCUCUGUUCGAGGAGUGGCACCGCUUCACCGAGCCCAGCCCGCUCAGCCAAACUAUGCUGGGUCACCUGCACAAGAACAAGGCUUGCUGGAGUCGCCUACUGUACUCACACACACCUUCAGACACACAAACAAACUCCACUCCAGAAGGAGGAGGAGGAGGAGGAGGAGACGCAGAGGGAGAGGGUGAGGGUGAGGGAGAAGACAUCCCUUAAUCUUCCUGUUGUUUGUCCGGGUGUUUUAUCUUCUUGUAAAAAUGGAGGAUAGGAGUCUUUACGCUGCUCCUCGUUUGUCCUCCAGCAUAUUUCCUCCCACGGCUGGUUGUUGACAGGCUCUGAAAGUGGGAGCACUGGAAGCAAGUUUGGCCUGGAUACGUGAGAAAUGUCUCCCUCUGCUGGAAGCAGAUGGGAAAAAACAAAAACUAAAUGAAGAGCGACAGAUUCCUGGUGGAGCUGAUGGAAGAAUAAUCUUAGUAAAUAAAUGCAAAUUUCUAGUCAUGCGUUGCUCUGUAACCCUGUGGUAUCUGCUUCAAAUUAACGGAGGAAAGCAGGAGUAGACUGAAAAGCUUCUAGCUGAUGAUGGAAGAAGGAUUCAUGAAUACAAGAGUUUGCACAAUGCUGCUAGAACAGUAAAGAAAAAAGCCAAAAUGAUUAACUAGUCAGCUGGACUGUGCUGGGACGAAGACACAAAGUAUAUGAAAGAAUAAAUGGAAUCUAAGAAUAUAUCAACUAUACUAUGCUUUUUAAACUCUUAGACAGUACGUGUUAAGCUCUUUUCACCCUUUUUCUCUUGUUUUGUACUGCUUGCACUUCUAUUGGAUGCUUUUUCAUACAGGUGUCACACUUGUCUACUUUUCACUGAAGUGCGUUUUUAACUGACAGCACUAAGCUGGUACGUCACAGUACUGUCACAUGUAUCCUGUUUUAACUGUGCGACUAUAAGACUGACUCAGCUGGACUUUUUUUGGACGAGACUCAGCGAGAGCGCAUUCAUCUAAAUGGUCUAACCUGUACAUACCGCGAUGUACAACCUCAACUCAACUUCACACGCCAAAAUCUCAACAAUGUAUUCAUCUUUUUACUGGUUAACUCUCCUCACAACUGGUGUCACCUUUGCUGUGACAACUUUAUGGGUGCGCUCAUUUCUAACCUCACUUUACAAGCUCACAUACAACAAGGCCUUAACAGCGACUCAGUCUGUCUGUGAAACCUAUUUUUUUAAUUACCAUUUUCUGGACUUUAUUGUGAUACGAAACCGCUCACUAACGGUUUCUGCUUGUUUUUCUUCAGCUGUACCAGCAUACUGAAACACACACACACACAGAGUACGGUAGCGGCUUGUUUCCUGAUUGAUCUUUCAGUCAGUAUUAGGAUCAGAUUGACUUUUACACCUGGUAAGAGUUGCCUCUGUGCCAACGUACUGUUACAAAACAUCCUCUCACGGCUCUUUUACCUCUAUAAAGCUUUUGUAUUCUUCUGCUUCAGUCAAUGUAUGUCAUGGACACACUUGGGCCAAUUAGUGACUAUAAAUGCCUCUAAUUAAUCGAGUGGCACUGAACAUGUCUCGCAAAAAAAGAAUUAAAAAUAUAUUCAGUCUAUUUGAAGUUUAAAUAUCUCUAAUCUUAUACAUAUGUACAGUAUAUGAAAUAUAACAACGGCGAAACUGAUCCAUGUUUCCUAAAACAAAGGGAUUCGUAAAUACUAGCUGGUCCAAGUAUAAAAUGUAUCACUAUAAAACCUAUUUCUACUGUUCUUGCUCUAAUUAUGUACAGUUCAAGUUGUCACAUUUAAGAUUUCCAGUCCUUCUGGCAUGAUCGACGCUGCGCACGCAGCGUUUUUACGGAGGUCUGGAUCUAAGCCGAGCUGCUGAAGAGCUUUAUGAUUCUAUCAACCCAGCCGACACAGUUCUGUAAUAUAAUCCAAUAUUGACAAAGUUAUGAAAAGUUUGUUUUUUUAGAUGUUACACUAACUGUGAUUAUACGCCUUUUUUUUUUUUUUUCCACAAGGCACAGUGCAAUAACGUUCCCUGGCCGGGGUGUAAGAAAAGUGGCCAUAUUCAUGUCUAUAGCGUAAAACAUUCACACGUCUUUGCUGUAACACUCUCUUGGCUUUGCUGAAAUUCCCACUAUAUAAAAUUAUUAUUGUUUGAGGCGUCGCCGUGGUAACAAAGAGUCAUAUCUCUGAAAAUCUACUGUACAAUUAACUCACCGACGCACUUUGAUUUCCAGAGUGACGUUCACUGACUUUUUUGCGGCUCAGAUCUUCUUCCUGUGCUGAGGACAAAACAAAAUCUGUUUAUAACUACAAACUGGGAACAUUGUGAGACACGGCUUUAUAAAUGCGCUACCCAAAAAAGAGCAUCAUUUGAGUGUCUGGAAGUCAUUUGCUACUGCCAUAGUGUAGACCUGGUCUGGACACACAGCAGGCCUCAGGCUGCCUUGUAUUUGAAUACCUCUCAGAAUUAGCACUGAUACAGGGUAACUGAGCCAUACUGGUUUUACUAACUGGUACAAAUACGUACUGUAUGUCUAGAAUUAUUAUAACAGCUUUACCAUGAUUAUCUAUCUAAACGUGAUUUAGUCUAAUAAAACCUGUGAAUCUAUUGUGAUUUUAAAAAAAAAAUAAAUCCAGUUUAUAUAAAUGAACACACUGUUAAAGACAUGUUUCUGUGAAGGUUUUUUAAUGAACAUGCUCAGCAUAUUUUGUUUCAUGAAAAGAUUCAGCAAUAACCUGUUAACAGUUUGCAAUCGGCCUGUGUCCACGCCAGAUGUCCGUCUCACAGUGCGGUCACAGGAUGGUUUCACAGUAUAUUAAUGCCAUCUUCUUCAUUCAUUUAGAGCUUUUUGUUCAUGUAGUCGUGAAGUUUAAGUCCGUUCUGCACCUUGAAAGCAGCACUUUCCUAAAAUUAGCCAUGAAACUGCGUUUAGCGAAACUUGCAGGCGAUCAAGAACUUGGCCAUAUGUCCGUACGGUUUUGGGGAGAAUAAUUAAAAUCCGAAACUGCAGUAUUUUAAACGGUGAGAUAGCGGAGCUGUUUGCACUGUGGUGUGUCAAGCGAUCCGAACAAGAUCUGAAGCUCUGUAUGGUUUUCGAACGGGUCGUCCGACUCCUCGACUGUACGUCUCUGUUUUGCCAUUUGAGCACUGUGAUCAAUAAAAUAACUCUUUUUCAAUUACCAACCACGCCA